AUGGGUUCCGCAACUAACUUUGCCAAAACCAUCAUCAUCCCCGCCGUGAUCUCCCUGACGCUCUACCUCUUGUUCUCCUUCGUGAUCAUCCCCUUCUUCCGUCGCUAUCAUCAACGAUACUCCCAGUACCUUCCGCUCCAUACUAUCUCCGCACAUACUACGACACUCCGGGAUCGUAUCGCGGAUGCUUUAAUGCGACGAUUCCUUCCGUCGGUCUGGCGACAAUCACAAUUCGACCAGCACGACAACAUCAGUAUAUACGAUGAAGAGGGAGAGAUCAUGGUAGGGAUGGACAUGGACCCUUCACGGCGAGAAGCGCUCGAGCGUCGACGGAGCACCGCCGGGGAUGCGGAGAGUCGCUUGAGUCGUGAACUUGAAGCGGGGUUCAUGGAUGAUAGUGAUGAUGACGAGGGACAUGCCCAUGCUCAGUCACGUCGCUGA